AUGCGGAACAAUGGCCGUGUUUUUGUUGGUUCCGUUUUAGGUGAGAUGUGUUUAUGUUGCCCCACCUGAUAAAAACAAUACCGUUGGGAUUAGGUUUGGAGGUUAUGGUUAGGGUUUACGGUUAGAAGUAGGACUUCCUCUCACAAAAACUUGCUAUAUUAUCCUGCGACUAUCUUACUCUCUUAUGCGGGGAUUUUAAUCGCGUGAAUUUACGCCCCUUUACACUUUUAGGCUUCGAUGAUCUUGUCUCCUUUAAUUCUCGCGCAGAUGCCCCUCUUGAUCAUAUUCUGACUAACCACAGCAAGCUUUUUUGCGUAAAAAACAGGGCUCCAUUGUCAGGUUCUGAUCAUUCCACUUUAUUGUGUCUUCCAAAAAUCUAUUCCAAUUCAAAAUGUGCACUACUUGCCAAGCCUGAGAGAAAGGUUAAGGUUCGUAACACGUCCGCCCAAAACAUUCUCAUGCUUCAGACUUGCAUUUCUCUUACUACCCCCACUUUCCAUGAACAUUCUAAUGUUGAAUCCUGUUCUUCCAACCUGACAGCGUUUUUAAAUGAAAUUUUCGAUAUUUGCUGCCCUUUUGAUACUGUUAUGGUACGACCGGAUAGAAUUUCUUCCCCCUAUCUGAAAUCGUUAAGGCGUAAAAAAGAACUCCUUUACAAGCUAGGCUUACGUAGUAAUCUUAAGGACGUUGCCGUCUUAAUAAAAACAUAGAUUGACAGGCUAAAUAGCCUGUUUGUCAGCCAACUUUUUUCCUCUUCUUACUUCCCCCCUUUCCCCCCUUCCUCAGCUGAGAUUUGGAAAAAUCUUAAGCGUCUCACUGGCCUUUGCAACACGCUGGUGCAUGUGGAUGCAGAUUUAGACUCCCUAAAUAAAAAAUUUGUAUUUAGUCACAAUGACUCCCAUCUUCCCUUAGAAGACAUUCCCCUAUCACCGAGUACAUUCCAACCCGUGUUUUUGACAACAGUAGAGAAACACCUUAAAAAGGUCCGUGGAUCAACAGCUGCCGGACCGGAUGGUGUCUCGCCUUUUCUUCUUAAAUCUUGCAGUUCUCAGAUAGCCCCUAUUUUAACGCACCUAAUCAAUAUGUCUUUCAUGGUGUCCAAGAUUCCCGACGCCUGGCGUACAGUGAGAAUCACUCUCAUCCCUAAAAAGUCCGCUAACUUUGGUCCUAAAUCUUUCCGCCCAAUUGCCUGCUCCUCUGCAAUAUUAAAACUUGCUGAAAGAGUUGCCCUAGAUAUCAUAAAACCUUUUUCUUCCAGUUUUUCCGACCCCUUAAAAUUUGCAUACACAGCUAAACGGAGUACUUUAGAUGCUGUCGCUCUUGCGGUCCACUCUGCUCUAAAAGCAUUAGACAAGGGUUGCCGCGAGUAUGCGUGCGCUUUUCUUGAUUACUCCUCCGCCUUCAAUACGGUCCCGCGCCCUCUUCUCCUUUCCAACACCUCCGCAUAUGGCUCUCCAGGCUGGGUCGUCUCUUGGCUGAGCGAUUAUUUUACCUUCCGCACCCAAUUUGUCCAAUCUGGCAAGCGGAAAUCUUCGACCCUUCCCAAUGACUGCGGUGUUCUUCAAGGUUCCAUUCUAUCCCCUCACCUUUUCCCCCUCCACACUGAUGAUCUCAGGUCCCCUAAUGACUGUGUUCUGGUCAAGUAUGCUGACGAUGUGGUUAAUGGACACCCUCUCAAAAGUCAGACACACCUCCGAUCUCUAAAGGAUGGCUUAAACCAUGUCCUAGCGUGGUCGGAGGAAAAUGGUCUCCUAAUUAACAACCAAAAAUCUGUUCAGUGUAUUUUUCGACUGCGGCCCUCUCCUAACCCUGAUUCCUCUGACAUUCUUCCCAACGAAGUAUCCUCUUCCAGGUAUCUCGGCGUUACUUUGUCCCCAAAUCUUUCUUUUUCCCUCCAUAUUGAGUCCCUAUUUAUUAAAGUUCGGAAACUUCUUUACUACAUUCGUCGUUUACGUUCCUACCACACACCUCAACCCUUAGUCUGGCGAUUCAUUGAUGCCUGCAUUCUUCCUCUUAUCCUAUACUGUUCUCCUGUCAUUUUUCCUGCUUUGUUAAAAAAGGAUUUUUUUAAUUUUGAAACGAAUCCUCCGCAUGAUCUCUUCUGCUGCUGGUGUUUCUUAUAUUUUUUUAGUUGACACUAUCUUACAACGACACUCCAAUGCGGUCAAGCAAUUUGCGGGUCGAAUUCUAGAUGAUGUUGCCCAUCCCCUACAUUCCGAUCCUAUGUCUGCCAAGUCUUCCCGCCCGAUGCGCCGCAACUUCCGUCUUAUAUCCUGUCGCACAUCGGCUUAUCGAGCUUCUGUAUUGCCAUUCCUAGCGCGCUAUCUUACGUGCGAAGAGACAGAAAUACAGAAGUUAAGACUUGAAUUCUCCCCUUAAUAAUCGUUUUUUUGUGUUAAACUUUGACUCUUGAAUAAUCUAUUAACUUAUUUACUGCCCAUAGUGAAUGGAGCCAACUUUUUGCUGAAAAUUUUGAACAUAUGAUUUCAAAAUAAAGCGCAUUCCUCUCUCUCUCUUAGGGAACAAUUUCGUAACCCCUCAAAGUAAAACCGCGCAUUCCCAAUAACUAUUCUUUUGCACAAAACUACUUGACGUCGUCGCCUGUGCGUUCCCCGGCCCCACCCGCAAAAACCCCUAUUACCACCAGUCCCGAGUUACAGUUGACUGAGGUCUGCUUACUUCAGAUAGGGCUACAUAACCACAUCUGACCCACCAGCCCUGUGUCAGCCUCAACUUUAGCACACGCACUAGUCGGAUGGUGGAACCGCUGACGGGGUGGGAAAGGCAUCCGGUAGAAGCGUUAGACGAAAGAAGAGCACAAGGCGAAUUUAACUGCUGUACCUCUAAGAGUCUGUUGUGACAGUGUUCGUACAUCGUGCAGCUGGCGAACCCGGGAAGUUCUACUGAGCCUGGAAUCCUAUUAGUGUUUGUGGCCCAGCUGUGGGGGUAGUUGUGCAUGCGUGUUCUAUAGCUGACCCGGUAUGGGAAAACUGAACGGUUCGAACAGUGGACUGAGGUCUGGGAGUGGGAGAGAGAGAGAGCAUGAAGUCGACUGUCUCACUAUGAAAAAAACGGGGGGACUGACCCAUUUGGCCUCCGAGACAGGACAUCGGAAUAGUAAUAAUAAUAAUAACAAUAAUAAUAAUAAUAAAGGUGGACCUGCGCACAAUUCCGGAAAGGCAAAAUAUUCCGCGUCUUAACCCCAGUAAAGGACUAAACCGUUGCCCCGCGAGGUUUGAUUCUGCAGCCCCACUUUAUUGACACCGUAUGGUUAGCUUACUAAAACAAUAUUAGUUAACAUACCUAACUUAGUCACCUGCUGAAAGAGAAUGCAAGCAGAGACCUGAUCACGCGCAGGGAAGCAAGUGAAGGUGGCGUGUACACUCCCUCCCCCCCCCUCCAACAUAGCCACUCGCUGGAUUAAGAGGAUAAGGAGGGCGCAAUCACAACUGGAAGGCCAGGGAGGGAACCGCGUAGUAACUCGCAGCGCAUGGCUACCGUAGUGGAACCAACGUAAUUCCACACCGUUCCAUUAGCAAGUCUUCUUAGCCGCUCCCUGGAUUGAGAUAAUAAAGAGGGUGCAAGCAGGGCUCGGAGCACGCGCAGGUAGGCGCCUGUGAACUGACACCUAGCGUAUGAGCACCGUUCCCCCUCGACACGGUCGCCCGCUGGAUUAAAGUGGUAAGGAGAGCACAAACACGUGAUAUAUGUAAAGUCACGUAAUCGAACCUACUAAUGUUUUUGGAAAGCUCACUAUAUGGUAUCAUCCGUUGCCUGUUCAUAGUCCUAAACCUUAACUCUGCAGUCAACGCUAACUCUUACCGUAAGCCUAAACUUUGUCCUCACUUACCGUCAGCUUUAAAUCUAGUCUUAAACCUCUGGAAGUUGGCUCAAAGCCAACCGUAUUGCAGACGGUUCCUGUUCUCAUGUCUCGUUAUGGGGGCCAUGUAAGUCAAUCUUACCAAAAAAAGAACUGAAGCGUCUUAAGAGAUAACUGCGCGCUAAAACCCCUGGCUCGGAGGGCAGUCGACCAACAGGAUAACCCGACCCUCAAGGUCACCCCGCGUGUGUUUGUGUGAAGCAGUCGAUUGGUGGACUGAGAGUCAGUCUGCAAUGGCUCACAUUCUGAGGGAUCUGAGCCGAUAUGAUGUGAAGCGCUAAGGUGCGGUCUCUUGUCGCGGCAGUCACCUGCACCCUUCCCCGUCUCCGAUCUUCUCAACCCUGCUAAACACCGGAUCUGAAUAAGAGGGGAAAAGAUGAUGCGGUAUCUGUUGCGAAAGUCUGUCAUCACUAUAAACUAGUUCCUGCGCCUACCCUACUGUGGGGCAUACGAUGGACAUCGUCGGGAUCUGGUGCUUUUGCUCCUUGCUGCUUGCUUUUGUCUGCUUCUUCCUGUUCGUCCUUACUGUAAGGCAAAUGCCGUUAUUUGAUUCUGUCUGCCACCGCCCACAGUCCAGCAACCAGUGAACCUAGAGGAUGACUGAAAAGCACUGCAUCCCGUCUCCCUACCAUCCCCCACCCCCCUUUUAGCUUACGGCGAUGUCGUAGGCAGUCCCAGGAAAACUCGGGUCGUUCUUCCACUAAACCAAAGCCGUGGCCCAUAGUGGAGUUCGACAACCAUCUGGGACAACUGAACAGCUCUAUUCAGGGAUUGCACUGCUCACUCCCGCGGGGAAAAGGAUCUAGAAAAGGUGUCCUAAACAAAUCCUGGGGAACCACGCCGUCUGCAGGCUGACCGUGGUUGCAGACGCAAAAUUCACGAUCGAAACAAAGAGAAUCAAAACAAUACUCUCUCGCUUCCCCCUCCUCCACCCGCCCACUGCCGUUGCACUUGCCAGAAUGGUAGGGUGAGCCCGUUCACUCUGGCAGUCUUGAAUAUUCGUUCCCUUUUAGACAAUCCGCGGAGCAACCGACCGGAACGGAGGACGGCACUAGUGGCUCGGGAACUGGCGCGCUACAAGGUGGAAAACGCUGCACUCAAUGAGACCCAGUCCUCCGAACAAGGCCAACUAGACGAGGUGGGUGCCGGCUACAACUUCUUCUGGAGCGGUCGCUCCAGGGCAGAGCGACGGGACGCGGGCCUCGCUUUUACCAUCCGGAACGACAUCAUGGGACGACUGCCCUGUCUGCCGCACGGCAUCAACGAUCGUUUGAUGAGCCUCCGCCUGCCUCUCCGGGGAGGCGAAUUCGCCACCAUCAUCAGCGUCUACGCUCCCCCGAUGACAAGCCCCGAGGCCGUAAGGGGCAAAUUCUACGAGGACCUGCCCUCCCUCCUGGCGACCGUGUCAAAGACGGAUAAGUUGAUUGUCCUUGGUGACUUCAGCGCCCGCGUCGGCACAGACCAUGCUGAAUAG